GUCAACAACACCUCGAAUUGUGACCCUGAUCCGCUGCCAAAGACGGGGGAACGUGCCAAUGGAUCCAUCUGGACAUGUUCGCGAUAUACUGGCCUCAUGACUCGACAUAAUCUCGACAGUCACAUUUCUUGGUUGUUAUCGCACGAAGUCACUCCGCCCGUGGGCGUGCACGCUGCUCUUCCAACGCAUUCGAGACUCGAGGAAGGAGUUGCUGGCGAAGAAUUUUUGGGGGAGGGAGCAGAUGAGGAAAUAAUACGACAGUUACCGAGUCCAGCUCGAAACCGUCAGAUUUUGGAAGUCGAUGUUGUUCAAGAUUCCCCACGGCCAGCGAUCCCCUCCUCGAUAAUUCCGAGAUCGCAGUGGCCAGAAUCUCAACCAGGUCUACCAGAGGGAACAAUGGGCACACUCACAUCAGCAUCGAAACCAACAAGACGGAAACUCAUGAGCCAACAUCAGCUUGCUACACCAGCAUCCACCACCACCUCUACCGCUCCCUCUUCGCUCAAGCAGGGUUAUGCAACCUUCUUACGAAAUAACAAUGGCACCCCUUCCUCGAAACCAUCGAAUGACAUACCUGUACCCAGAUUCGCGAGAGCAUUACAGAACCCCCAAACUCCUCGACAGACACCUCGUCCAACAACAGAGGUCAAAACGGAGACGGUGGACCUGACCGGAGAUGACCAUAGCCAUAGCGAGAGUUUUACCUCACGGUCUAGCAGUGUUGAGGUUUUUGGCGAGUCACAGAAAUUAUGGGACGAAGGCUCAGCUUCGAGGGCAGAGCCUCUGUCAAGGACAUCGAAGAAACGAAAGAGUGAUGAGAUGUCGCCUGAACGUCUAAAGAGGACGAAUACGGGUACUUUACACUCGCCAGAUUCUGUCAGAGACCACGAGACGGGUUUGGAUGGGUUUGUGGACAUCGACGACGUGAUGCCUCGCUCUCAGAAGUACUUCACUUCGCCUCAGAACGUUGUCAGCAAAUCUGUACGGCCAAGUAUCGAAACCACGAAUGCUAGGAAUGAGUUUGAAGAGGAGUGCCAGGUCACUGAGACCAUCAGCAGAGUAACUCGGACUAGAAAAAGCUUUAGCAGAGUUCCAUCGUUGACUGAGAGCAUUGCCCGGGACCCAGCCUGCCCACAAUUGACGCGAACACCUACAUCAAUAAAUACCGGAUCUGAAUUGGAGGUCGUGGAAUCUGGUGCCGCAGUCCAAGUAGUAGCAUCACCUGCCUCGGGAUCCUUGAAAGCUCCCGCCGAAUCUUCCAAGACACCACAAAGGCGGCAGAAACGGCGACUACAAAGGACAGUCCUAGAUUCUGAGGACGACGAUGUUCUUUCUGAUGUCGACAAAAGAGCAAACGGUUCCCCUCGUCCCUCGGUCAAGAAAAGCCCUCGAGUCGUCGACUUCCCCAAAAGUCCUAACCGGCAUGGGGUGCCCAAUUUUCAGUUCACGGAACUCGAAUUUCGAGACGCCAACGAGUCCAAGUCAAGAACCGGUAGCCCGUUGCGACCUAUAAACCAAAAUCUUGUUGCAAGGCAGGAGAGUGUUCUGUCCCCAUUUCAGAUAGACUCACCCACGAGAUUAUCCGUGGUGAAGCAGCAGUCGAGCCAGCCACCACCAACUUCUUCACUUGGACUAGACGACAGGAAGUUGGUAAUCUCGUACCUGAAUCAACCCUCCUCAAUCAGUCUCUAUCGCCAACGUGUUGUCAGUUCACUAUCCCAAAACGCAGUUGCCGCGGCGGAGUACGAGGAUGAGCAUGAGGCCGCUCCUGUUCAUCUGAAAGAAGAGCGGAAGUCUUUGUUGGAGAAGAAAAAAGCGUAUAACAGCUUGGUGGGCCUGGCCGAGCGCUGGCGAAGUUUAACGACAGAGAAGAGGACUCUAACGAAGAAAAUUUCCGAGCUCGUCGAACUUUUCGACGACGUUAGCGCCCUCGAGGAGCGGUCAUCGGUUUUGACCCGGGAUAUUCGGACACUCGAGAAGGAGGUAAGACAACUUUUGCAUGCUUCUAAGGCCAUAAACGAUGAGUUUGGGACAGGCUCGGACGCAGAUAGUACCGCCGCUAUUCGUACGGAGCCGACGGCACAAGAUAAUACAGCCCUUUUACCAUCCGGAUCCAGCGUCAUAGGCAGCGCUCAAGUCAUUCUGCAGACACAGAUACCCGUCCUGAAGUCAGCAUCCACUUCAAAUCAGCAUUUGAGAGAGGAGCAACUGCCAAGAAAUUAUUCUGGAGAACGAAUCCCACCGACCUUUCCAAUUCAUACAUCACCACCCCCGGUCCGACGCAAAGCCCAGACUGAUUCAUUUUCUGUACGUCAAGAAUCUUUGGCAUCUGGAAAUGAUUGGACCUCACCAAAGGGCAAAAUGAAACAACCAGAUUUCUACCGUGAUCAAUCGCCAAUGGAUUAUGGCUUUGACGCUGAUGAUGGUAUCUUUGAUGACUAUCUGGUGGGAGAGGCUGAGCUUCACAACGAUGCUAAGGUUCUAGAGGACAUACCGGAUGAUGUUGAAGGCGAGUAUGGAGACGAUGAGGAUGACGAAGACCUGCUUGAAGUCGCUCAAGAAGUUGAAAAGAGACACUCUUUGCCAGAACCCCUUAACAGUCGUCCUGGUCGAGCGAGGGUCUCGCAAUCUUUCGACAAUGCGCCUGAAUCAUCGAAACGAAAUAGGUCAACCGUCAGGAAGACCAUGUACUCUCAUGUGGACCCUGAGCACGCCGGAAUGUUGAGACAUCCCUGGUCCGAAGACGUCAAGAAAGCUCUGAAAGAUCGGUUCAAACUGACAGGUUUCCGUUAUCACCAACUUGAUGCGAUCAAUGCAACACUUGCAGGGAACGAUGCCUUUGUUCUAAUGCCAACAGGAGGAGGCAAAUCCUUGUGCUACCAACUACCAGCUGUGGUCCAGUCGGGAAAAACGAGAGGUGUGACGAUUGUUAUCUCACCACUUCUCAGUCUCAUGAAUGAUCAGAUUCAGCACCUUCGAAAAAUCAACAUACGAGCAGCAACUUUGAAUAGCGGGAUAACACAAGAAGAACGCAAAGAAAUCUACAAUAGUCUCAAAGAGAACUACCCCGAGCAAUACAUUCAAUUACUUUACAUCACACCGGAGAUGAUCACCAAGAGCAAUCAGAUUAGCACCACUCUAUCUCUUCUUAAUAGGAACAAGAAACUGGCUCGAAUCGUCAUUGACGAAGCACAUUGUGUGAGCCAAUGGGGCCAUGACUUUCGGCCGGACUACGUCGCUCUGGGACAAGUGCGGAAGCAGUUUCCAAACGUUCCGAUCAUGGCAUUGACAGCUACCGCCACUGAGAACGUGAAAGUCGAUGUUAUGCACCAACUCGGCAUGAAAGAAUGCCCGGUCUACUCCCAAAGUUUCAACAGGCCUAAUCUGCAUUACGAGGUCCGAAAAAAGAAUGGGAAAGUCACGAGUAAAGAGUGUCUUGCAGAAUAUGUCGAUCUUAUCAAGGUCAAGUACAAGAACCAGUCCGGUAUCAUAUACACAUUGUCCCGCAAAGGCACCGAAAGAUUGGCUGCAAAACUGCAAACUGGCUUUAACAUCAAAGCCCACCACUAUCACGCGGACAUGCCAGUGCCAGAAAAGGCAAGAGUUCAGAAGGAUUGGCAAAGUGGCAAGAUUCAAGUAGUGGUUGCAACAAUCGCCUUCGGCAUGGGCAUCGAUAAGGCAGACGUGCGAUUUGUUAUCCAUGACACGAUCCCCAAAAGCUUGGAAGGAUACUACCAGGAGACUGGCCGAGCAGGAAGAGAUGGCAAAAGAUCCGGCUGCUAUCUUUAUUACGGAUACCCAGAUACAGCAGCUCUGAAGCGAUUCAUCUACGAGAAUGAUGCUAGCCCUGAACAAAAGGAAAGGCAGCGAAGAAUGCUUUCCAAUAUGAUUCAGUUUUGCGAAAAUCGUUCCGAUUGCCGCAGGGUCCAGGUUCUUGCUUACUUUGGCGAAAAGUUUGCCAAGGAGAAUUGUGAACACUCGUGUGACAAUUGUAGUUCCGAUGCGGUCUUCCAGGAAGUUGAUUUUACAACACAGGCCAAAACGGCCAUGAAAAUUGUCCAGAAGCUCCAAGGCCAGAAAGUCACAUUACUGCACUGCGUGGACAUAUUACGGGGUACUCCUUCGAGAAAGAUCAAAGACAGUGGCCAUAAUAAUAUCGAGGGUUUUGGGGCUGCAAAGGAUAUGGCUCGAGGCGAAGUCGAGCGUCUCUAUUUUCGACUUUUCAUGGAGAAUGCAUUGUCGGAGGACAAUGUCGUGAGAGGCGGCUUUGCUUCGCAAUACUUAUGUCUCGGGCCGAAUUACCGUGAUUUCUUGAAAGGCAUACGGAAGCUCAGUCUACAGGUACAGGUCUCAGCAUCGCCCCCGGCAAGACAGAAGCAGACGAAAUCAUCGAGACCACAAUCCACGAUGGUAUCCUCUCCCGCUGCCCCACGAAGAAAACCUGCCGAGAGACUUGGAUAUGGCGCCGACGAAGAUGAUUCUGCUCAUGCCGAUUUCGUGGUCUCGGAUGACGAGGAGGACGCAUUUGAGCCGAUCCUAGAUAGAAGGCGUCGGAGAGAAGAGACCCUUGGACCACCAAUCACCCUAGAUGAACGAAUGGCGAGUCUCCCUGAUUUCCACCGUGUGUCGGUUACUCAAUUCGUUGAGGCGGCGAAGACCUUGGAGGAGAAGAUCCGAAACAAACACAAUCUAAGGAAUCCAUUGUUCACCGAAGCCAAUUUCCGAGAAAUGGCCAUUCGCUGGACGGUGACUCUGAGUCAGAUGAUGCAAAUACCUGAUAUCAACGGUGAACGAGUCAAGACUUACGGGCCACAAUUCAUUCCUUUGGUUACUGAGUACCGUGGCAACUACAAUGAGACUAUAAGCAGAUACCAGGACGACCGGAUCAUUGACAAACAUGAGAAUGUCAUUGAUCUAAUCAGUGAUGAAGAAUGUGAGGAGGAAGACAAUGACCUCGAUGGUGAAGACGAAGCCACGACCCAAGAGGCAGAACAGGGAUCAAAAUAUUUUGCGAAGCCGCAGUAUGGUUCAAACUUGAAGAGUGGGAACGCCUCCGGCCGUAAUCUGCCCUGUGCUGCUGGACCUAAUGCCAAGUCCUCAAGUUACCAGGGCCAAGGCGGCUCGUAUCGUGCAAAGGGCCGUGGGGGGAAGAGAUCCUUUUCUCGGAAGAGCAACGGAUCUGCCUCUGGUCAAAGCAGUUCUGGCGUUAGCAAGAGGAAGUUCUCGGGCGGAGCGAAGAAAACGCGGGCAAGUAAAUCUGGAGGCAGCAAUUCUUCCCGAGGGUCAACUCUAAUGAGAAGUUUUGGCAACAACGGAGGCGGUGGCAUGGGUGGUGGUGGCGGAAUUGGUAUGAUGCCAACAUAAUUCUUAAUGCGAGAGAGGCACAUUAUCAGAACCACCAUUGUUUCUUUGGGUGUAGCAGCUUUGCUGGGGUCAAUGGAAAUGGGCUUCGGCUUGGGGUUUGGGAACUGGUCUGCUGGCACAUCUUUUUUGAUCGGCAUUAACGGUUACGGACAUUUAUACCACUGUGGUUGAUUCUUAGAGCGAUCGAUAUGCUGUAGCUUAGAAAUGAAAAGUUUGAUGUCCAAUGAUGAUUAAGGGAUGAUAAUACAGUUG